AGUGUUGUUGUCGUCGCCGUCAGUUGCAAGUGCUGCUGUUGAUGUGCACUUGGACAUUGGUCCGUUCACGUCAGAUCAAAGAGUUUAACGAACGCUUUCUGCAGCAAAUGCUGCGGAAUAUGAAUGAAAGCAUCGAUCCUUGCGAGGAUUUCUAUGGCUAUGCCUGUGGCAAAUGGAGUGAAAACUACAACGACUCGGACAGCUACUUGGAUAUGCCUGGCUACAUGGAAUACAAAUACAAUCUGCAGUUGCUGCGAGUGCUGAAGAUGGAGCAGAAGCAAGGCGGCAUCUAUGAACAGCUUUGGGCUUAUUACGCUUCCUGUGUGGACUUAACCAGCCCUGCGAUUAACGAGUUUCUGCAUUUAUUGGAGGGAGAACUGCAACUGGAGUGGCCCAUCUUUAGGAGCAAUCAAAACGCCACUUGGCGCAACGAAUCGCAAUUCGAUUGGUUGGGCACAUUGGCCAAGCUGCGCUCGUAUGGUCUCAAUGGGGUUUUUAUCAGUCAGGAUGCGAAUGUGCGACGCGACAAUGGAUCGCAUUACGUGCUGAUGUUGGCGCCACAGUCCGCUGAAGCAACGCCGUUCAACGAACAGAGCAUACAGGAUUUGUAUCUAGCCUUUGGCUUGGAUAAAUCAAGUGCCAAGCAGCUAACAGCAAAGCUCAUGCAACUCGAGUGGCGACUGGGCAAUUUGACGCUGCAAUCGGUUAACAGCAGCAUCAGCAGUCUGGUCGAAUACACGCUGUCACAGCUGCAACAACGUUUGCCCCAAUUGGAUUGGCGACACUAUCUCAGCAAUCUGCUGUUGGAGCGACAGCCGGAUGAGCAACUGUUGCUGCAAGUGCAUUCGCUCAAUGCCAGCUAUCUGCAGCAAUUGCAACUGAUACUCGGACAGAGCUCGAAUGAGACAAUCUGCUAUUACCUCAUGUUCAAGCUGAUCUAUGCACUCAACACGGAACUGCCCAUGAGCAGUGAAGGCGACACCAAGAGCCAAUCGAUGAGCUGUGUGCAACUGUUGCGUGGUCACAUGCCACUUGCCAUUCACUAUAUCUACGAGACGCACAACUAUGGGAAGCGAAGGCAACAGACUGACGCAGCUCUGCAGCAAUUGCAGCACAAAUUACGCUUUGAGUUUGAGCGAUUGUUGCUCGAGAAUCACCUACAACUUGGCAAGCAGGAGCAAGCCUAUGUGCUGGAGGAAUUGCAUAGUCUGCGCCUCAAAAUAGGCAACUUGCCACCGCAUUUGACAAAGCAACAACUGCUGGAGUAUUACAAGCAACUACAAUUGCGCCCCAAUGAUUUCUAUGGCAACACGUUGCAACUGUUGCAAUUCUACAAUCGACGUGAGCAGCAGCUGCUCAGGAAUAAGCCAAGCGUUUGGUCCUCACAGGAUUACUAUCAGCUGGCGGGAGUUGUUGAGCGCAGCUCAUCACCGGUGAAAAUCUUUCAGAAUGCCGUGUUGGUGCCGCAGGGUUACUUGCAGCUGCCGCUGUUCGAUGUGCGUCUGCCGAUGCUGCAUCGGCAUGCACAAUUUGGCUUCAUCCUUGCCCAUGAGUUGCAGCAUGCCUUCGACCUUUUUCACAUUGUUUACGAUGCACGCGGCAACUACAACGCCACCGGCUCGGAGGUAUUGCAGCACUUCGACAACUUUAUCAGCUGCUACAGCAAUGCACACAAUGUGCCACAGCUGCAGCUCUCGGAGAGCAUGGCCGACUUGGUUGGAUUACGUUUGGCUUUUGCCUCCUACUUUGAUCACAAGGAAACUGUGGUGGCGAGUGAGCAACGCCCAGUUGGGAAAUUCACAGCACAGCAGCUAUUUUUCAUUAACUCCGUGCAGUUUUUGUGCGCCAACAUGCAACAGAUAGGCGUUGCGGCAGGUUCGCAGGAUGUCGAGCACGGGAUGCACAAUGAACGCGUUAAUCGCAAUUGGCCGCACCACGAACACUUUGCCAGCACCUUCAACUGCACUGUGGGUCAGGCAAUGUAUCAGCCGCAGACCUGUCGUUUGUGGUAAGCCAUCGACGAGCGAGGGGGGAAAGCUGUUGAUAAAUGAAUGUUGCGUGUGCCUAAUAAAGCGAGUAUCGAUUAACUAAAACCGCUUUUCACUACGCUGAAGCGUAAAAGGGUGUAUUAACUAGGCUGAAUAAACAGAAAUAAGUUAUGCCAAGUAUAACAAAAAGUGUUUCUAACGAUUGAAAU